UGCCUGCGUGAAAUAAAGCGAAAUUCACGCUGCGCUAGCUCUGGAGUACGCGCACUGAGCUUUGUCUUCGUCACUUACGCAGCGGCUGAGCGUGCGCUGAUAUCUGCAGCUGACGAACCCGUGCCGUCUGUGCCCACCCUCGCGGAGCACGGUGCCGCCGCGGCCGCAGGAACGGGGCUGUCCCCGCAGCGCCCACCGCCUCAGGAAGCGCCUCCGGAGGUGCACGAGCUUGGUGCCCAAGAAGGCUCGCAAUGGGAGCAUCCAUCAACUGAGAAAACCAAGCUGGUUGCGAAGCCUGGUGAGAUGGAGACUGCCCCAGAACCGCGGCAAAUGGAAAGCUCUGAAGUAUCCCUUCCUCCCCCUUUAAUUGUGCUUGAAAAUGUACGGGAAACCAUAAGCAGUUAUAUGUUAAUCAUGCUGGUGGAGAACAUCAGUGACUUGUCAGAGGAAGAUGGUGACUUCACUGUGGAAAUGAUACCUGAACUGCGGGCUGCUGUUGUUGCUUUUACUGGAAAUGCUGCUGCAGCGGACAUCGUUAAGAAGCUAAAUCGAAGCGAAAGAGCAAAUAAGCAAAACUUAACUGCACGUCUCCUCGAGUUAACAAACUGUAUUAGAGCUGAAAAUAUACCACCUAACACACCCAAUGACUAUAUAUCUAUCUACUUUGAGAACAAGAAGAAUGGAGGUGCGCAAGUGGUAGACGUUCUUCAACUGUGUGAUGAAGGUGCAGCUAUCAUUACAUUCAAGAACCAUCAAGAUGUAAACAGUGUCUUGUCAAAGCAGCACUCGCUCAACAAAAGACCGAUAUCUGUCUAUCCUUACUAUGUCUCCCUGGGAACAGCUCUAUACGGAAAGGAAGGGCCACAAAUAAAGAAACCAGAUCCAGUUACAAUGCCACUGGACCCCUAUAUCUGGCAGUUCUUACGGAGAAAAAAUAGCCUAAUCGAAGCGAUACGUUCUGAGAUGGCAAAUUGUCAUUGUGAGAUAACAUGGCCUAAAGGCAACUGCGCAGAGCCAAAAGUUAUUCUGCAUCCUUCAGCUGCUUUGUCUGAGAGGAAGAGAUCAGUGGUUCAAUUGAUCAGGACAUGGAAUGCAGUGGCUUCCACAACAUUUUCAUAUAGCAUAUCAAAGUACAAAGUAGAGAAGCUUAAAGUAAGCGCAGAGGUGUGGGAAGUCAUUAGAACCAGUAUUAACCACAACGAACUUUUGAUGAUCUCAUUUCUUUCCAAGGAUUUACUUGUUGUAGUAGGCCACAAAGACAUUCUGAAGAAUGUUGUCCAAGAACUGAAUUUGCAGAUAGAAAAAGUCACCAGAGAAAUUGAAAGAGAAAAGCAAACAACUGAAGAAAUAGUGAUUCUGAGUCCAGGGGAUUUUGCAAUUUUGCAGAACGUCGGUCUUGAAGAAAGAAUUCGCAUGGAAUUCCCAACUCUGCAGCUAACUUACGAUCAUUUGCAGAAGAUAAUUAACCUGUAUGGACUGCGUGAGGAAGUUUAUAAAGUGAAAGGGGAGAUACUGGUUAAUAUGCAAAAAAUGACAAAGAAAACCGUUACUCUCCACCCUUUUGUUUUCCAGUUUUUACAACGUAUUGAUAACGAAACCCUGUCACAGAGCCUGUUUUUGUCAAAACACAUUAGUGCCUUUUAUGAGCUUGGCCCAGAUGCUGUCCUUCUGAAAGGAAAUGAUGACGAAACUCUCCUAAAAGCAGAAGAAGAGCUAAAGAAGGAACUGGACUACAAAAGCAUUACUUUAGAAGAUGAGUCCAUUCUCCAGAAGGAGGAAUGGACAGCGCUCACUGAGGAGAACUGCUGUAAUGCAGCUGUAACAGUCACUCAGAAAGAGGGUGAGAUCAUUGUUGCUGGUUUUUCUCAAGCAGUAGCAAAAGCCUUCGAAGAGCUUUUUAACUUUGUAGAUGAGAACACGCAAGUACAAAAAGUCAUCGGAGGAAAGCCCACCGUAGUCCUAAUGUACAUCGAGAAAGAGAGGGCCUCCGUCUUGGAUGACUUAAAGAAUAAAGGUGUGAAAAUUGACUUUAGUAAAGUUAUAUCCUUGAGCGGACCGAGAAGAGAGGUGCUGAAGGGAACUACCCUAAUUGAGCAAAUGCUGUCCGGGCUACAUUACAAGCGUGUGGUAAUUAGUGAGCCAGGAGCCAGGUCGUAUUUAAAAGAAAGAGAACGCUUUUUGGCUGCCAGUGUGAAACAUGAGUGUAACUGUCUAAUCAGACUGGAAGAGCAGUCAGAAGAGUAUAUGGAAGAACAACAAGUACACAGUAACAUAGGCAAGCGCUAUACACAGAUGACCGUGCAGGGAGUUCUAAUAGCGGUUUAUAAAGCCGACUUGUGCACUCAUCGUGUUGAUGUUGUGGUGAAUGCAUCAAAUGAGGACUUGAAACACAUUGGUGGCCUCGCUUGGGCACUGCUCCAAGCAGCUGGUCCAGAGCUGCAGGCUGAGUGUGACGAGGUGGUGAGGAAGAGCGGGCGUCUGCAGGCCGGCUGUGCGGUGAUCACGGGAGCGGGGAAGCUCCCCUGCAAACAGGUCAUCCAUGCUGUUGGGCCCCGGUGGAAGGAGCAGGAUGCAGAAAAGUGUAUGCACUUGCUGAAAAAGACCAUUAAGAUGAGCCUGCAGCUGGCUGAAACAUACAAUCAUCGCUCCAUAGCUUUCCCUUCUGUCAGCGGAGGGAUUUUUGGCUUCCCGCUGCACAAGUGCGUAAAUGCAAUUGUGUCAGCCAUCAAGAAAACCCUGGAAGAAUUCAACGGGGGAAGCAGCUUGAAGGAGAUUCAUCUUGUGGAUAUCAUAGAGGAUAACGUUCAGGCUUUCAUCAAGGCAUUGAAAGAAGUGUUUUCAGAUGAUGUACCUCUUAACAACUCGGUGCAAUCUCUUAACACUCAGACCAGUGUUGUUCGUCAGCCUAGCAAAAGGACAGCUUCUCAAAGUGGCAUGAACUUUGCAUUAGUAACAACUGAGGAAGGUCUUGACGUCAUGCUGAAAAAAGGAAGCAUUGAAGAUGUCACAACAGAUGGUGUUGUCAUCAGUGUUGGUGGAGAUCUACAGCUUGAGAAAGGACAACUCGCCAAAGCUUUGCUAAGCAAAGCAGGGCCAAGGCUUCAGGCAGAUUUAAAUGACGAAGGCCUGGGAAAAUCCCCUGGUGACGGAUCUGUGUUCACAACAAAAGGUUACGAUCUGAGUUGCAGUUAUGUGUUUCAUGCUGUCGCACCUAGAUGGUCGGAGGGAAGUGAAUCUGCAGUGAAGAUCUUGGGCAGGAUCGUCACAAAAUGCCUGCAAUCUGCUGAGGAACUAUCUUUAAAGUCCAUUACUUUCCCAGCAAUUGGAACAGGAAUCUUAGGUUUCCCAGGUUCUGUUGUUGCUAAAUUGCUGUUUGACCAGGUGUAUGAAUUCAGUAGUAAAAAGAAAACCAAUUCUCUUCGGGAAGUUCACUUUCUGUUGCAUCCAAAAGACGUAAAUAACCUUCAGGCAUUUUCAAAUGAAUUUGAGAGACGAUGUGGCAAUGAUGUAGAUGAGGCUAGCGAAAGCACGGCUUUCUUUGGUCCCAUUUCGAACCCAGCACAGGAUGUAUAUGAAAUGACAAUUGGCUCCAUCAAGUUCCAGGUGGCCGCUGGUGAUAUUACCAAGGAAACUGGAGAUGUCAUUGUAAACAUAUCAAACAAAUCUUUCAACCUCAAAACAGGUACUUCAGUUGGUGUUAUGUGUGGAUAUAGUGUAUGUGAUUGGGAGGGAUAGAUAAGAUGAGUGGGA